AAAAUUCAAUGUACAUGUUUAUGCAUUGUUCGCGAACUAUAGCGCCACGUCCUUCUGUUGUCAUAUAUAAUCAGCUGAUCACAGAAUGAUCUGUAAAUAAAUUUCAAAUUCUUUAAUCAUAAUGGUAAAAUUGGAAUCGAUCAAUCGUACACGUUCGGCAUCAUUAGGACGAACAAGAAAUUUUGAACGUCGUUCACGUUAUUGGACAUUUUUAUUUGAUCAUCUAAAUCGUAUUAUUGAUGAAAUAUAUCAGAAUUGUGAAGAGGAUGAAUCCAUUGAUGAAUGUCGUGAAGUGAUUCUCAAUCUACAGAAUCAUAUUCGUGAUUUUGAAUCAUUGAUUGAAUGGUUAAAAUUGAACAAAGAUCUUGAAUCUACACCACAGCGACCAAGUUCAGUUUCAUGGGAAGUACGUAAACGGUUACCCGAAAAAUCGCUCUUUUCAUGUUAUCUGAAUGACGAAAAAACUAAAGGAUUUAACCAGAAUAAUGAAGAGCUUAAGGAAAAAAUUGAUGCUGUUAAAAAUAAUAAUGAUGAGGAUACGAUAUCACAUUCCCAGAUUGAUGAGAGUUUGCUCACCAAAUCCGAUACUUUUGAAACGUUACUUUCUAAUUAUGACAAUGGGUAUUAUUCUUUGUUUAUUAUAAAAAGCCUUGUUUUUAAAAAUGUCUUUUUUAGCAAUGGCCUUAUGUCCAGUGUUCAUUCGGACAAUCAAAGUGAUAUGAAACACGUGAUUAAAAAAGAUACAGUUUCCAAUACUGGCCAAAAUCAUCGCUAUAGUAUGCCCAAUAUUAGUUCAUCAAAACUCGAUGAUGAUGGCUUUCAAGUUGUCCGUUAUCGACAACGAAACAAGGUCACUGAAUUGAAAAUAAUUGAUCAUAAUGAUAACUCAACAAGUAAACAUAAUGCUAAUUUGUUCGUUCAUCAUAACGAUCGAAUGGACAGUGGUAAUAUGAUCGGCGAUAAUCGCGCACCAUGUCGUGUUCUUAAGCUUCAUGAAAAAUUCUCAUCACCAUCACGGCGUCGACCUGUUGGUGAUACGUUGAAAAAGCAAGAAGAAAAGCAAGCAAAAGCACAAGAAGCAAGGGAAAAGUUAUUGGAAAAAAGAGCCGAAAAAUUCAAAGAUAUAUUCAAAAAAGUGGAAGAAAUUAAAGCACAAAAAGAAGAACAACAAAUGCAGCUGAGAUUAUCCAUGGAGAUGAGAUUACAAAGAGCGGGUAAAAAACGACAAGAACAGAUAAAUAAAAUUGUUCGAAAAGCUCAUGAUGAAGAUGAAAAAGUUAGUGAGAUAUUGUUCAUAAAUUCAUUGGAAGCGGAUACGAAAAAGCACGAAAUUUUUAGCAAAGAAAAAGUCUAUGAAUCCAGAUUACAAGAUUUACAAGAAGAACGACAAAGGAAAUUGGAAGAAAAAGCAUCGAAAGAAAAAGCAUUCGAAGAAAGACGAAAAGCAAUUGAAGCCGAAAAACAGGCCAGAAUUGAAAAGCUUAAAGAACAAAGGAAACUUAAAGUAAUGAAAAUCCAACGUCAAUUUCAGGAAAAGGAGAAAGAACGUCUUGAAUUAGCGUUUCAAAAAGAGUUGGAUCGGAAAUCCAAGAUAUCAGCGUUAAAUGCAUUGCAUGCUGCCGAAAAAGAAGAACUACAGAAAAAGAUUCUGGCCAAACAAGAGGAAAGCAAACGUAGACAUGAAGAAAAUAUGGAACAGAUUCGUCAGAAAGCAUUAGAACUAUCGGUAAAAAAAUCUUCAAGUACCAGUGAUGAGGCAUUAGUCUGUGUGCCUUAUGAUACGGUUAAAAUGUGUGCCCUCUGCAAGAUAAUUAUCAAAUCGGAAGUUUAUCUGUUUGGACAUUUGAGGGGUAAACGACACAAUGAUGCUAUUAUCGAACAAAAUGAGGGAAAAAUUCCCAGUCCAGAGGAAUUGGAAAAUUUCAAUUUAAAAUUUAUAAUUGAUGCUCAAACUCUUGGUGAUGGCAAUGAUGAUUUUCUGAAAUCAUUCCAAGAUUGUGAUAGCGAAAAAUUGAAACAAGCGAAGAAAAAAUCAAAAAAACUCAAACAAAAAUUGGCAAAUAGAGCUAUGGACUUUGAGAAGACAUUUGAUCUUGAAAAGGAUGUUCGCAUUUCUGAAGUUGAAAAUAUUUCGAAAGAUUCAAAACAAAAAUUAGCCAAAAUAAUCAAAGAUCUUGGUGCAUUGAAUUCGAAUGACAGGAUCAGUGGUCAAUGGCCCAUAGAUAUGAUUCGUAGUUUUGAGCGAUUCUUAUUCGAAUUAGAUAAAUUAUUCAAGAAGGAUUCAUCACAUAUUCUUUAUUUUUAUAGAAGUGGUGGACUUUUGUUAUUCACCAAAAUUCUUUCACGGAUAUUGAACAGUUCUGCUGAACGACCAACAUCAUUGACUGACAAUGCCAAUAACAAAUUGAUCGCUUUAUAUAGACGACUAUGUCAAUCAGAUUUUAGAAUCUGCAGGUAUUUUUUCCGAUCACAAAAUAUUAUCACCGUUCAAGAGAUUUUUUAUCAUCGUAUCAAUCUAUGCGUUAACAGCAACAAUAAUAAUUCCAAUGUGAUGUCGUUUCCUUAUGAUUCUGUGGUCGGUUCAUUAUGCGAACUAUUCUCUACAUCCUUUGAUCAGAUUUUUGCCUAUUAUUCAUGCAACUAUGAUAAUGAUGAUGAAACAACACGAUUUAUUCGAACACAUCUCAAAGAAAUAAUUAAUUAUCUGGUGCUCAUAGGAGUCGUGGACAAACUUUCCAUGAUUUUAACAUCAUUUCGUGGUUCGAUCAAUGAAUUGCCACAACAAUCAUUGUUUAUUAAACAGAUAAUCACAUUUUCUAGUUCUUUGGCCAAAUUGCUCAACUUAUCAUCAUCAGACGAUUUCCAUGCGAUUGCGUAUGGCGUCAAUUUGCAACACGAUGGAACACAAUUCAUGUUAACGCUUAAAGUCACUCAACUUUGUGGUACCGUAUCGUUACUGUAUGGAUUUCUAUUACAUUCUGGUGCCCCUGUUCGUGAUGAAAAUGUGCCUCCAAUUGUUCCAGAUCAUACGUUGAAUGUUACGUUGGAAAUAAUUCGUUUUUUCAACUACUUAAUAUUACUUGAUAUUAAUUUGAUUCAGUCGAUUUUAGGAAGUGAAGGACUAUCGCUGCAAAUACGACACAUUUGUAGCUAUUUGAUAUGGUACUGUUCACAUCAUCUAAGCAAUUCAGAUUUGCUCAAUGAAGUCAUUUUGUUGAUUGGAAAUUUUGUCGUUCUUAAUAAUGAUAAUCAAACAUUGCUGCAAUCGGGACAAAGGCCUACGGUAGUACAACAAUUAUGUUCACUGCCAUUCGACUAUUUUAGCGAUAAUCGUUUGAAACAGAUUCUUUUUCCCACGUUGAUCGUGUGCUGUUAUAACAAUAAUGAUAAUCUGAACAUUUUGAAACAGGAAAUGUCUACGACAAUGUUGUCGAAAUUUAUCGAUCAGGAAAUUGUGAACAAUCAAUUGGAUCAAUUGGAUAGUGAUCGGCGAGAGAAUAAUAUAAUCAGCAAAAAAUGGUCAUUAACGAUACGAUUUCCUAAACACAAAUGGAUCGAAGCAAAAUCAUAUUUCGAACGUUUUAGAUAAUUUUUAUUUGUAUAUUUUUUUCGGAAUUUAUUAAAAUUUAAAAUAAUUUAAAUGAGGAAA